AUGGCAGCAGCUUCCAGAACACUCAGAAUGCGUCCAUAUGCCCAACUUAUCAAAGUACUCAUAGCAGAAUUCCCUGAAUUCAAGGAAGUCAUGUUCCAAAAUUUAAUUUUCCUCUUUCCACCUGAUCAUGUCUCUAAUCAUCACAUGGUCAAUGCAUUUAUUAGAUGUUGCAUAAGAGAAAAGAUUUUCGAUAUUAAGCAAAUUUUGUCUUUCAUUGAUCUCUUAUUCGAAAAGAAUUGUCGUAUGCAUCUUAGCGAAUUUCUUGUUAGUUUCAUUACUGAAGUCAAUCAAUACAAUCCAAAGUUAAUACCAAAGUUUUUAGAAUAUAGAGAUCCCUGGGCAAUGACGUUUUCUGCCAUUUCUUCGGCCUUCAAAGUCAAAUCAAAGGAAGAAUUACAGAGUUACGUAGAUAAAGGCUACUAUCCAGGUACAGCAGAAGCUGCAAUUAUUGAAGAUAAUAUUGAAGCUUUGAUAAUGUUAGCGAAAGAUAAAAAUUUCAACCUUUUCGAUGGUGGCUACAAAUCGCAAAUGUCAGUUUAUAAUAACGACGUUCCAAAUUUCUCUCUUUUGAACAUGGCGGCUUACUUAGGUUCUAUUAAAUGUUUUAAGUUUAUAUACCAAUUUGUUGUUAAACAGAAACCAGAUGGUCUCUUGGCGUCGGCUUGUGCUGGUGGAAAUUUUGAGAUCAUUCAUUUGGCCGAGGAAAGAGACAAAGAUUAUAUUCAAUCCCUUUACUAUGCUGCCAAAUUUAAGCAUGUAAAUGUUUUUAUGUGGCUUCUAGAAAGAUCUGGCAAACUUGAUUUGAAGAUUAUCUGGAAUCUCCUUGCUUUAGGCGGUACAUACAAUAUUUAUUUCAUCGCAACUUCAUUUUCCAAGUAUUGCACAGCUGCUGACUUUUCAGAAUUUUCCAAUAUGCCAACAUGGAGAAGCGCCAUCCUUCAUGGCAAUGAAGCUUUUGCACUUCUUAUAAUAUCUGAGAAGCCGGGGCUUUUGAAGUAUAUGUACCACUCUUUGACCCCAUUUGCGAAAAGCCUUGUUAGAAAGUACUUUAAGCAACUUAAGAAUAAAUAA